UCUUGCUUGGAGCUCAGACAACAAAGGCAGAGUGAGCCCGGUUUUCUUUCUCUCAGCAUCUCCACCCUGCGCGCUGCAAACCGCUUCAGAUCUUUAGGGCUCACCAAACUAUGGAACUUGAUUUUGGACACUUUGACGAAAGAGACAAGGCGUCCAGAAACAUGCGAGGCACACGGAUGAACGGCUUGCCCAGCCCCACGCACAGCGCUCACUGUAGCUUCUACAGAACCCGGACCUUACAGGCGCUGAGUAACGAGAAGAAAGCCAAGAAGGUGCGUUUCUAUCGCAACGGGGACCGCUACUUCAAGGGGAUUGUAUACGCCGUGUCCUCCGACCGCUUCCGAAGUUUUGACGCCCUCCUGGCGGACCUGACCCGGUCCCUGUCCGACAACAUUAACCUGCCUCAGGGAGUGCGGUACAUUUACACCAUCGAUGGCUCGCGGAAGAUCGGCAGCAUGGACGAGCUGGAGGAAGGGGAGAGCUACGUCUGCUCRUCCGACAACUUCUUCAAGAAGGUGGAAUACACCAAGAAUGUCAACCCCAACUGGUCUGUCAACGUCAAGACCUCUGCCAACCAGAAAGCACCUCAGUCCCUGGCCAGCAGCAACAGYGCCCAGGCCAAGGAGAACAAGGAUUUCGUGCGCCCCAAGCUGGUGACCAUCAUCCGCAGCGGGGUCAAACCCCGCAAGGCYGUGCGCGUGCUCCUCAACAAGAAAACAGCCCACUCCUUCGAGCAGGUCCUCACUGACAUCACUGAGGCUAUCAAACUGGAGACAGGGGUGGUCAAAAAGCUCUACACCUUGGAUGGGAAGCAGGUGACCUGUCUCCACGAUUUCUUUGGGGAUGAUGAUGUGUUUAUCGCCUGUGGUCCAGAAAAAUUCCGCUAUGCACAGGAUGACUUUUCYCUGGAUGAAAGCGAGUGCCGGGUGAUGAAGGGGAGCCCAGCAGGUGCCACGGGCAGCAAAUCCUCCCCCACCCCUCAGAAGAGCUCAGCCAAGAGCCCCGCGCCCAUGCGCCGCAGCAAGUCCCCGGCCGAUUCAGGUAACCACCAAGAUGCGAACGGGACCUCGAGCAGUCAGCUGUCCACCCCCAAAUCCAAGCAGUCCCCGAUCUCCACGCCCACCAGCCCAGGGAGCCUCCGUAAGCACAAGGACUUGUACCUGCCUCUGUCUUUGGAUGACUCGGAUUCCCUGGGCGAUUCCAUGUAGGGUGACACGGAGCUCAAUGUCCAUAUUGCGUUUGGGAUACAGCAAAGGAACUUCUGCCGAAACAAGCAGAUAGGUGACUGGUGCUUUCAAGUCAAAGGACACACAGUUAAAUGUCGUUUUUGUUCUGUGAUUUAUCCUCUCUGUGCCACAAACCAACACCUACCAGUCUAUAGAGAUAGAGGGAUACCAUUCUUUCUAAGUUACAGGGAUGCAAGAUGGGCAUUGGGAGAAAUUUGGGGCCGACGUGCCACCGAUCCUGUGCRUUUCCCAUUUUCUUCUGUUUUUUCUUCUUCUGCUGCAACCAUGUGAUUUUCCUAGUGACAGUAGAGUAGCUCCCCUGGAGGUGUGCAGAUGGAUCCCUGGCUGAGCAGUUUGCAAGCUGGAGCGGGGCAGAUGAUGUUCUCCACCAGUGCAAACUGCCAGCCUUUGCCAGCUUUUCCUCCACAGCCCCAAUUCUGGCACCUGCAUUMUCACCAGUCUUGCUUUUCUUGUGGAGGGCAGGAAGGGACAUGAUUUUCUAGUUUGAUGCUUAACAUGCCAGCAGAAGCUUGGGUGAGAUUAGGAAUGAUCAUGUAAGAUGCUAAGUAAGGUUAGUAUGAUAAUUCAAAUUAUUCAAUUUUUUUGGGGGGGUUUGUUUGGGUUUUUUUUCACAAUCAAGCAAAAAAGUCAUAAAUCAGCUGAGUUAUCUGGAGUAGAACACCUUCCACAUGCAAUCCAAGGAUGCUGCUAGCUGGUAACAAAUAUUUAUACCUCCCCUAUGGUAUCUCUCUAUCUCUGUUUGUAACAGUAAUGCCUUGUGAACAGCCAACACUGAAAACACUGUGAGAAUUUGUUUUCAGGUUUGACACCCUAUAGGUCACUUUUUAUAGCAAAAAAUCAAUACACUUUUUAUAAAGGAAAACCUUGUAUCUGUGUUUUGGGAGUAAGGAUUCAAGCUCCUUCUUUUUUAUAAAAGCUGGUGAUUUUCUUUUGUUUAAAAAACACGUUCAGAAAAAAAAAAGUACAAAAAAAAACCAACCACACUGCAGAACAAUAAUAACAGCAACUCAGUUUAGAAAUCUUGCCAUCACUGCCAAAACAGACACAUGUAGGGGGGAAAAAAUGGUCAAUUCAAAAUAUUGAAUGUUUUGAUAGUUUUUGUAAUGUUUAAGACUACGUAUUUGGUUUUUUACACUUCAGUAUUCCUAACUAUGGCCAGAUUCUCUACUUAUAUAGCAAGAUAAAUUUUGUGGUGUUCUAAAACCCRUAUUUUAAGAAACUCUUCUAUCUGAGAAACACAAACUCUCUGUAUUUAGAGAAAGCUUUUGCUUUUAUUAAUCAGUAAUGCCUCCUCCAGAAUGCAAAGUUCAUCUCCUCAUGCAGGGCUGGUGGUUUUUACUGAGCUGAAGCUCUGUCCUAGGCCAGCUGGCAUCRCCUCCCUCCCUCAUGGAAUAAGCUUGGAUGAAACUGAUUCUUGCAGAAUUUUACCUGAAUGAAAUCUGUGCAAUCAAGUCUUUCUUUGUUGCUUUAUUUGCCUUUUUUUCAGCAUAGACACCUACUCCCUCUUGCCUUGCAAACCCCUUGUGAUUAGGAUGAAUUUUMCCCUUGUGAUGUUCGAUGCUCCACAAAUGCUGGGCUGUUCCCAAAGCCACUCCAYGUUUUGUUUGCUUGCAUUGCUGGGAUGAAACAAUCUGUGCAGGCUGCAUCUCUCGAGGCUCGUGUGAUCAUAUUUAUAAUGCAACUUGAAAAAAAAAAAAAAAUUAUCAGAGAGAGGCCAGGAUUGGGAAUUGUCAAGGGGUCAGAGUUAUCAUGCACCAAAUUUGCACCCAGUAGUCUUAGUGCAUGAUCAUUUACACCCAGAGUUUUGCACAAGAAACCAUUUGUUCUCACCGAUAACUUCAUUUAAUUGAAUAACUCUCUGACUGCUAAAUGGUCAUUUUAAAUAUUGUAAAUAGAAUCCUGGGGUUAGUUCAAAGGCUAAGGGCUCGUGUCGAGGRUUUGUGGGGGAAAGGUGUGGACAAAGCUUGGGUGCAGUAGGCAGUGCAGCUCUCAGCCCCUGGCACUGCUGAAUUUCGUGUCUGAAUGGGAGCAGGUCUCAGAGUAACCCUGUGCCUCAAUCUGUCUGUCUGUCCCUGCAGGGACAGCUCUGUUCUACCUCACUGGGGGUUGUGAGGCCAAAUGUUGGUUAACAUUUGUCAAGUGCUUUCAGAUCCUCUAACAGAAGGUGCUGAAAUAUUCUGGGUGCAGAUUUGGUUAUGGGUGCUAAUUUUUGGCUGUUUAAUCCUGUGAGUGCUACUGUAGACACUGGUCAUGAGCRAAAAGGACUUUUUAAAGUGUAAGGAUGUCAGAGGCCGUGAUUGUGCCGAUAACAGUAAUUAUUCAUCAGAGCUUUUGUCUUAGGAAAAGCUUUAGUGGGACGGAUAAUUUGACAAGCUUUUACCCUCUCCUCUGUUCUGUUGGUGGAAAUCUCAGAGUCCUUCCCUGAGUCUCUGCCUUUCCAGAGACCCUGAGCAAUAGCCAUGGAUGGRCUGGGGCCAUUCCUGUCCCAGUCAGGGUCAGCCUGUCCUGCCACCUUUCCUCAGAUAAACCAGGAGAGCAGCCAUGCAAUCCCAUCCAGGUUCUCCAGCUGCUCAGGGCAGGAGACUCACCACAGAUGCACCAGGAAACCCCAAUCUUUGCUAUUCUGCACUGCUCCUUGCAGCCUGAGCUGCUGGAGCUGCUGGUGGAAGGAAAGGAGGCUGGGUGAUGCUUUCACUCAGUGUCUGUGAGUGCAGGAUCCCAAGGGAUGAAGGAUCCUUUGUUUGGAUGAUGUUGAAGUAGCUGUUGAGGAGGGGUUCCCUUCCUUCCUGCCAAAAACUGGGUUUGGUUAUUUGAAGAUUUCCACUUUUCCUGGUGGAGCAUCACUAAGGAAUYGCUGAGCUCUUCCUCCUGAGCUGCACCUGGUGGCACAUCUAAAACCUGAUCCUGCCAGCUCUCCCUUGGGAGUGCAGCUUUGUCUGCAUGARCAUCAUCCUGUGGUGGGGCUGAGCCCAGCAAUUCCUUCAGGGAAUUGGGGGGACCUUGAAAAGCCCUAAAAGUAUUUUAUAAAAAAUUGUUCCRUGGGGAAAAUAGCCAUUCAAACCAGCAGAAGCCACAAAGAAAACAGGGUAUGAGGUCAAACUCCCAAGUUUUAAGAAGCAAUUUUCCAGGUAGAAAUGCCUGGGCASUAGAAGUCAGUGAGCAUUUCAGCUGUAGCAUAGAGUGAGUCUGUAUUAAUGCCAAUAUUGCAUGAGUUCUUGUACAGAAAUGCAUGUGGAAUGUUACAUACAUUCAAAACUCGUURCCUUUGGCUUUGUAGGAUCCCUCAUAUAGAUUUGAAUACGAAGAGAAACAGUGCACAGGCAUCAGACCUUAGUUAUUUAAAUAAAAGAACUGCCCUGAUUCAGGAAAGACCUGAAAAGCCUAAAUUUUAGCACGUGCUCUACUCUUGUUGGCUUUUCAUGAGAUGGAGCUUGGGUUUGGUCAGAAAGCUUUCCUGAACUGCUGUGAAUUUGUAAUUAUUUUCAAUAUACUACAGCAAUUCCAGACCCUGUGAGAUCCUGGAGCAUAUGAUAAUAAUUCCACUAUAUACUCCAGAGUUCACCUUUCAUUUUUUAAUCU